AUGAGGAUUAAGAAUACCUGGCAAUGGCGGCCGAAUCUGGUUCGAUUUGAUUUGGAUUUGAAGAACUUGACGCUCUAUCUCUUCUUCCCUAACUUCAAGAUCGCCACAACUCUAACCCAUUUCCAAAAGGAGAGACCUAGACCAGAAAAGUUGUCUGUUUACCUUUAUAUACCUAAUAUUGUUGGGUAUAUGAGAGUUCUCUUGAACUGUGUUGCCUUCGCUGUGUGUUUCUCCAACAAGACACUUUUCUCGCUGCUCUAUUUCUUCAGCUUUUGUUGUGAUGCUGUGGAUGGCUGGUGUGCUCGUAGAUUCAACCAAGUUUCAACAUUUGGAGCUGUUCUUGACAUGGUGACAGAUAGAGUUAGCACAGCCUGUUUACUCGUGAUUCUCUCUCAAGUCUACAGGCCUAGCUUGGUCUUCCUUUCAUUGCUGGCUUUAGAUAUUGCUAGUCAUUGGCUGCAGAUGUACAGUACGUUUCUAGCAGGGAAGAGCAGCCAUAAGGAUGUGAAAGACAGCACAAGCUGGCUUUUCAGGCUCUACUAUGGGAACCGGAUAUUUAUGUGUUACUGCUGUGUUUCUUGCGAGGUUCUGUAUAUCAUCCUUCUUCUCAUUGCAAAGAACCAAACCGAAAAUCUCCUGAAUGUUGUCGUAGUUUCCACUUUAACGGAGAUUUCACCACUGUCUUUUCUUCUAGCUUUGACAUUGUUCGGUUGGUCGAUGAAGCAGACAGUCAAUGUGAUUCAGAUGAAAACAGCUGCAGAUGUCUGUGUACUUGCGAGUCGGAUAAUGGACACGUCAGCAUUAUCUCGUUCCCAAAACCUUUUUUUUUUCUUUUCUGCCAUGGCGAAACCGGUGGCUAUUGAAGUGUACAAUCCCAAUGGAAAGUACAGAGUCGUCAGCACGAAACCGAUGCCUGGAACUCGCUGGAUCAACCUCUUGAUUGACCAAGGUUGUCGUGUCGAGAUAUGCCACUUGAAGAAGACGAUCUUGUCCGUAGAAGACAUCAUUGACCUGAUCGGAAACAAGUGUGAUGGAGUCAUCGGUCAGUUGACGGAAGAUUGGGGAGAGACUCUGUUUUCAGCUCUGAGCAAAGCUGGAGGGAAAGCUUUCAGUAACAUGGCCGUCGGUUACAACAACGUUGAUGUUGAAGCCGCCAAUAAGUACGGAAUCGCCGUCGGUAACACUCCGGGAGUGUUGACUGAGACGACGGCGGAGCUAGCUGCUUCUCUUUCAUUGGCUGCCGCAAGAAGGAUCGUUGAAGCCGACGGUUUCAUGAGAGCUGGCUUGUACGAAGGAUGGCUUCCUCAUCUGUUUGUUGGGAACUUACUUAAAGGACAGACUGUUGGAGUUAUUGGAGCUGGACGUAUUGGUUCUGCUUAUGCUAGAAUGAUGGUUGAAGGAUUCAAGAUGAAUUUGAUCUACUAUGAUCUUUACCAGUCCACUCGUCUUGAGAAGUUUGUGACUGCUUAUGGACAAUUUUUGAAAGCAAACGGGGAACAACCCGUGACAUGGAAACGAGCUUCUUCCAUGGAAGAGGUGCUGCGAGAGGCUGAUCUGAUAAGUCUUCACCCUGUGCUGGACAAAACCACUUACCAUCUUGUCAACAAGGAGAGGCUUGCCAUUAUGAAAAAGGAAGCAAUCCUUGUGAACUGCAGUAGAGGACCUGUUAUCGAUGAGGCAGCUCUUGUCGAUCAUCUAAGAGAGAACCCGAUGUUCCGAGUUGGUCUUGAUGUGUUUGAGGAAGAGCCUUUCAUGAAACCAGGGCUUGCUGAUAUGAAGAAUGCCAUUGUUGUUCCUCACAUUGCUUCUGCUUCCAAGUGGACACGUGAAGGAAUGGCUACGCUUGCAGCUCUCAACGUCCUCGGAAGGAUCAAAGGAUACCCGAUUUGGAGUGACCCGAACCGGGUCGACCCGUUCUUGAACGAAAACGCUUCACCGCCCAAUGCCAGCCCAAGCAUCGUCAACUCAAAAGCUUUAGGAUUGCCUGUUUCGAAGCUUUGAGUUAAGUAUGAAGAAGUGGAGAUUUGGAAGAAUGCUUAUUAGUGAAUAUUCGGUUUAUGUAUGUAUACAACAACCAUGUAUCAUAAAUCACUCUUUUAAGCGUUGUUUGGUGUUAUAUUUGCUGAUGAGUCUUUUCACCCACCAUGCCUCUUCAUGUGUAUUUUGGAUUUUCCACACGCAUCUCUAUUCCAUAAAUUUCCUCAAAAGCAUAUUUUCUAAGAAUUUCAGUGAAGCAGUUCGUUUCUAAUUUGAGAAUUUGUAGUCAUGGAUCAACCAUUCAUUCCGAGAAUCGAGCAAUUACAAGUUUUCCAAUCUAAUAUCUCCAUUAAUCUUA